AUGAAAGGGGAGACCCCUGUGAACAGCACUAUGAGUAUUGGGCAAGCCCGCAAGAUGGUGGAACAGCUUAAGAUUGAAGCCAGCUUGUGCCGGAUAAAGGUGUCCAAGGCAGCAGCAGACUUGAUGACUUACUGUGAUGCCCACGCCUGCGAGGAUCCCCUCAUCACCCCUGUGCCCACUUCGGAGAACCCCUUCCGGGAGAAGAAGUUCUUCUGUGCCCUCCUCUGAGUCGCCCGUCCCUCCCUACAAGCUCUUCACCUUUCCUCCUCCUAGGCCCUUCCUUAGGUCAGUAACUGUCGUGAGCCCCUGAGGGUCCCUGCAUCCCAUCCCUAGCCCUUGUCCAACCCUGUGAGGUUAUCUGAAGCACAAGGCUCUCCGUCACCCCAUUUCCUCGCCCACUUCGGCCGACCCCAAGUACCCCCUGACUAGGGGAGCCCCCCUUAGCUCCGUCCCCAGAAGGGCCGUCCGACUGCCAGCGUCCUGCCGGCUUCUCUCUGUGACCCGCUCAGACAAUGGAGAGAGGGAUGGGCCGGGUGCUUGCUCUCAGUCUCACCUGGAGCUAUCAGAAGGGUAAAGCCAUUUGAAGAAUAAAGUCAUCCAGAGUCUCAGA